AGGCUUCGCUGCUAGGUGCAGUCAGGAGACGGGGAUGAGGCCCGUCCUAACGCCGUGUUGGGACGAUCCUCCAACGGGGCAGCAGCACCACGUAGAAAUGCUAUGCCUCUGUCAUUCAUCCCCAGGUGCGCGCGGCUGCCCAUGGAGCGGGUGGGGAAGUGGCUGGGCCGCCCCCGGGAGAUCUACAACCUGCUGCGGUUUAAGAUGGGCGGCGGCGCAGCGGUGAUGCCCCCACUGGACCAGGACGCGCUCAGCGACAACCUCAAGACCUGCUACAAGCACCUGAAUCAGACCAGCCGGAGCUUCGCCGCCGUCAUCCAGGCCCUGGACGGGGAGCUGCGUCAUGCUGUGUGCAUAUUGUACCUGGUACUCCGAGCUCUGGACACUGUAGAAGAUGAUAUGACCAUCAGUUUAGAAACCAAGGUCCCAAUGUUGCAUGACUUCCACUCCUAUCUGUAUCAGCCGGACUGGAGAUACGUAGAGAGCAAGGAGAAGUAUAAGCAAGUGCUUGAGGACUUCCCAACGAUCUCCUUGGAGUUCAGGAACCUGGCAAAGGUGUAUCGAGAUGUGAUUGCAGAUAUUUGUCACAAGAUGGGAGCUGGAAUGGCAGAGUUCUUGCAAAAGAAGGUUGAUUCCCUGCAAGAGUGGGAUAAGUAUUGUCACUACGUUGUUGGGCUGGUGGGCAUUGGCCUUUCCCGUCUGUUCUCUGUGCUGGAGCUAGAAGACCCUAUCAUAGGACAGGACACAGAGCUUGCAAAUUCCAUGGGUGUCUUCAUUGAGAAAACCAUCAUCAUCCGUGAUUAUCUGGAGGACCAGUUGGCAGGAAGAGAAUUCUGGCCCAGAGAGGUUUGGAGCAGGUAUGCCAAGAAGCUGUCGGAUCUCGCCAAGCCAGAGAACAUUGACAUGGCCGUCCAGUGUAUGAAUGAACUGAUCACAAAUGCAUUGCACCACGUCCCCGAUGUCCUCACCUACUUAUCUAGACUGAAAACCCAAAGUGUCUUCAACUUCUGCGCUAUUCCGCAGGUGAUGGCCAUCGCCACUCUGGCGGCCUGUUACAAUAACAAACAGGUGUUUAGGGGGGUGGUGAAGAUUCGGAAAGGACAAGCUGUCACUUUAAUGAUGGAUGCCACAAACAUACAGGCUGUCAAGUCUAUAAUGUACCAGUAUAUGGAAGAGAUCUACCGGAAGAUCCCAAGCACAGACCCGUCUUCUAACAAGACCCGGCAGAUCAUUGUCUCUAUCCAGACAAUAUGUUUGCCCAAAGGCACGGUGGUCUACCGUAACCAUUACUCCCCCAUCUACCUCUCAUGCGCCAUGCUUCUGGCAGCCCUGAGCUGGCAGUAUCUGAGUGCGAUGUCAGAGGCGUUGGAAGAGGACGUACAGGCCAAUGAGUACUGAGGGUUGGUUGGGUGAAGACAGUGGUUGGGUAAUGUUGGUAAUGGGUUCAUGUCUCUUUCCUAUUGGGUCUGCUGCCCUGUGGGAUUCCAAACUGGCUUGGGCCCUUGAAGCUGUGAAUGGAAAGCUGCUGGUUGACCUGCAGCUAUUGGGCGUAUUGCAGCCACUAGCUCGUAGCUGGCAGCCGGAGUCAGAUGUUUUCGUUGUUCGGAUGAACAGGUUACAAAUGCGACAGUUGGAGUCUCUUCGUGGGAAAUGGUAUUUUACCUGAAUUCUGACUGUGAUAUUUUUAAAUAGAAAUUCAGAUUGCCUCCCUUGAUUUUGACACCCCUUUUCAAUACAAGGCUCUGUGCCAUCAGCAUUUGUGGUUUUCCUCUCUCCUCUUCCUGGGCUUUGUAUUCUUACCCCACUGCUCAGCAAUUGUAACGGUUCCAACUUGCGUCAUUGGGCUCGGAAGCUAACCUUUCCUCAGACUGAGGAACUCUUCAGUACGCCGGGGGAAUCUCUGGUUUCUGACCCCUUGUCUAGAAAGGCGGUGGCCUUCCACUACAGUGAUCAGUGGGUGCAUGCUGUGCAUCCCAUCCUUGUACUACAGAUUGCAGGGAGACAGACUAGAGCUGUCUGGGUGCAGGAAAACUGAGCUAUUUAUGCCAUGUGGCCAUCACACCUCAUCUGCCACUUUUAAAGGCCCCCCCACAUCACCACCAAAAUAAAGGAUCCCCAGCAAGAAAAUUUAACACCCGAGAAAAUGUAUUCCCCACUUGACUCACCCAUAACUGCUCACCAGGGUCACUUAAGCCCCUUCCUGGAUUUAAGAGAAGGAGCACUGCAAAUGAGCAUUACCACACGAACUAUGCCACCUUCAAAUCCACAUUGCACCUGAAACACAGGCGUUAUGGGCACAGUUAUCUGAUCUGAAUUUACAUUGGACCAGAAUGACCUGAAGAAAGCAACACCCAGCGGUGUCAAACUACUAGAGAUCUUCUGCGCUUUUAAACCUACAAACUUCAAGAUUCAGCACAGGGGCAAGUGCCUAUUGACCUGAACACACUGGCUUCCUAGAAACAAUUAACAAAAUGUGGGGGUUUCUCACCGUGCCUGGCUCCUUUCCCCUGAUAUGCCACUCCCCUGUUUUCCCUCCCCCUGUAUCCUUUCCUCCUUGCUACCCACCCACCCCCCAUUUCACUUUUACCUCUUACUGCUAAAUAGGAGUUAACAGUGUAACGCUGUUGCAAAAAAAGCAAACAUCAUUCUGGGAUGUAUUAGCAGGAAUGUUGUAAGCAAGACACGAGAAGUAAUUCUCCCACUCUACUCCGCACUGGCUGAUUAG